AUGGCGACAUGUAUGCGAAGUGCCUACGAACUAUUCUCUAUUACGUCUCCAGGACCAUCGGAUAAUCUUGAUCUACCCGCCGCCAACGGAUCAUUCUGGAAAGACGAACCCGUCGACGCCAAAUAUCUGUGCUUGGACUCGUCACCUGAACAACAACGCCAACAGCAGCAAAACCAACAACCAAUGGCAGUUUGUGCGGGGUGUCGAUUAGAAAUAGCAGAUCGAUAUUUUAUGAGAGUCAAUCCGAACUUGGAGUUCCACACGCAUUGUUUGAAAUGCGUUCAAUGCUCCCGCCCACUUGACGAGAAUCAGACGACGUUCGUCAGAAAUGGACUGACCUAUUGCCGGGAUGAUUACAGAAGCCUCUUCACAACCCGAUGCUCCGGAUGUCAGGGUGAAUUCGACAAAACGGAUCUCGUCAUGAAAGCCGGUCCGCACAACGUAUUCCACUUGAGAUGCUUCUCCUGUACCGCCUGUGAAAAACGACUACAAACUGGAGAGGAGUUUCAGAUCAAAAACAACAGUUUGUAUUGUCGUGGGGACUGCCGUGGACUGCCUGAAGACUCGCGACCCGACUCGGCGCUUCUCGACUUUUCGAAACUAUCGAAUAAUAACAAUGAUAACAAUAACUCUAGUUCGAAUUUCGAUGAAGAUGAAUGGGAUGAGGAGAGGUCCACAUUGACGUCGUUGGACAAUAACACUUCGAGUCCUUUAGGAUCGCCCAAAUCAGACGGUGUCCAAACGCCACUCUUCGGCAACCACCACCACCACAGUGGCUCGGGCGGCUCGUCGAGCAGUUGUGGAAAAAAGAAAAAGGAUAAACAGGCGACACGCGUACGGACAGUGCUCAAUGAGCAACAACUGAAAAUACUGAAAGAUUGCUAUUCGUGCAACUCGAGACCCGACGCGUCGCUCAAGGAGAAACUCGUCGAGAUGACCGGACUCAACGCCCGUGUGAUUCGUGUCUGGUUUCAGAAUAAACGAUGCAAAGAUAAGAAGCGGCAAAUUCAAAUUUCCGAUGCGAGACUCCAUUCCGAACGAGAAGAAGUGCUCAAUAGGGUACGAGUCAAUGGGAUCGGUCCUUUGAUGGUGCAGCCGGCGACACCGCAUAUCGACACUUUGAUGGGGGGACCGAUUGAUAUACAACAUUUCGCUCAGUGGACGAGUACACCGCCAUCGUCUAGUCAGUACGGAAAUCCGAUGAUGUUCAACUCGCCCGUCGAAAUGCCACCAUACGGAGUCACCCCCAUCCUCCCUCCCGUCCCAAUGACGUCUUCUGACGGACCAGUUGGAGCAUCCGUCUUCCCACACUACUCCCCACAACAACAACAUUCUACACUAACGGCUUCGUCACAUCCAAUUUCGUCACCGACUUCGUGUUCGGAAUAA